AUGCCGUUGUGCACAUAGCGCGCGUGGUGUGUGUCGUAUGUGCAUGGGCCCAUUGCCCCACGUGUAGAGUUGUGAUAUUGGCGCGGUGUACAGGUUGUGUGUGUAUUAUUACUAUAGUGGCCUAGCGUAAAACCGCACACACGGACAUUUACCACACCGUACCGUCGUGUAUUAUCCGCAGCUAUAGCAUAGCCAGCGCGUGUGUAUUACCACACACAUUUCACUAUACUGUAGUCAUCAACAUUACCUGUUAGUUCAGUUUUUAGUAGCGUAGAUUUUAAGAUAUAAUUUAAAAACACCAAAAAAAUAUGGACGCAGGAAACAACCAGAAUUCCACCGUACACGGGACGGAGGUGGCCAACGAUCCUGGGAAAAUGUUUAUAGGAGGGCUGAGUUGGCAGACAGAGACAGACAGCCUAAGGGAAUACUUUCGCAAGUAUGGAGAGAUCAAGGAGUGCGUUAUCAUGCGGGAUCCUAACUCAAAAAAGUCACGGGGCUUUGGAUUCGUGACUUUUGGGGAUCCCAAGUGCGUAGAGAAAGUGCUUAAAACAGAGCGCCACGAAGUAGACAGUAAAAAGAUUGACCCCAAGGUUGCUUUUCCUAAAAGGUCACCACCCAAGAUAGAUGAUAACAGUGAACCGUGCAAUGGAACACCGGUGACAAGGACAAAGAAGAUAUUUGUGGGUGGACUGGCCGCAUCAACAACACCUGAGGAUCUUAAGAACUACUUCCAACAGUUUGGCAAGGUAGAGGAUGUGACCCUCAUGAUGGACAGGCAAACCAAUAGGCAUCGAGGUUUUGGGUUUGUCGUCAUGGAAACUGAGGAUGAUGUGAACAAAAUCUGUGAGAUGCACUACCAUGAAGUCAAAGACAAAAUGGUCGAGACCAAGAAAGCACAACCCAAAGAGGUCAUGAUGCCCCAGAACCAACUACGCCAAAGGACAGCACUCAUGAGGAACAUGUAUGGCAUGUAUGUUGUUGAUCCAGUUACGCCGUGGACGCCUUACGCACAAGGUACCUGCGCCAACGCAAGCUUAUCUUCUCCCAUGCCGAUUCUCCUGGAGUCUGUCCCUAAUGUCAAAGGUUAUCCAGCCAAUUUUGCAUUCGGUCGGUCGAUUCCUGCCUACCCUCCCUUCACCCCGUACUUUAGUGAAAACACCAAUGAACAGCUGACCUACCUGAAGACGACAGGGCUUGACAAGUCUGUCUGUAUCGCCUCCCCAGGCUUGCACGCCUAUCCUGGCGGCUAUGCGGUCAUGCCGCACGGACUGCAGCCGGCCGUGGACCAACGCCGCACCGGCGGCUACAUUCCGUACUCGUACCCGGACUACGGCUCGGCGGGGCCCGCGGCGCCUGCCGCGACCCUGCGAGCGGCCAACGCGCAUAACCGGACGGAUGGCGGCACGGCGGUGACUCAGCACCAGCAGGCCGACUACAACCGGGAGUACCACCAGGCUGCUGUGAUGAACUCCCCCUAUGCCCAGCAGAGCUAUGCCCCGUCCCCCUCCCCAGUCAACAGCCGCAGUGGUUUCAACGUCAACAGUAGCCCGGGACCCAUGGACCUCUAUGCGGUCUCCACGACUCAGGCCGAGCAGAAUGCGAUGACCAGCAACUUUGUGCCGGCUGUCAGCCCACAACCAAACAGCUACGGGAUGGGGCAGAAGGCACUGAUUGCGCCCAACUUCCCUAAUGUCAAUGGUUAUACUAUGCAAUGAGCUAGCCGAUUGGUUGAAUGAAUGCACCACCUCUCAGACUUACGGUGGCACCACUCAGACGUACAACCCCCUAGUCCACGGACGAAACUUCUAAAGGAAAAAAAAAAAGGAUAUUGUAUUUUCACCGAGAGUGGAAAAUCGGCAAGUUUGCCAGCAGGGUUUCACCGGUAGACUGUGAGUUCUACAGCUGCUCAUCACUGUCACAUUGUCCAGCCAGCGGGCAGUUUUUAUGAAAUAGGAAGAUUUAAUGUUUUAUUGGCUCUGUAUAAAGUCCCAGAGAUGAACUUAUGUAAAUGGACAUCCACGCGACCUGUGUGUGUGCUUGUCUGUGUGUGUGAACAAUCAAGAGCAUCAGCUAUCAAUUUUUUGGCCCCAAGACAUUGUAAACUGAAGUGGUUUUAAAUGAUGAUCAUGCGAUAGUGAUGGGCAAACAAGGCCGAAAAAAAAAUAAUAGCAACAAAAUUUGUGUUACUAAGAGAUGUUGUGCAUGCAAAAAGAAUACAUUUGUGGCAUGGAGCAGGUGCCAUGUACGAAGGGUUUUUCCCCCUCUUUUUAUAUAUUAAAGCAUGGUGGUUGCGCACUGAAGGUCUUUAAAUUUGUGUUUCUACCGAUGGCUGCCGACCAAAGUUGACAGUGGAUGGGGAUGACGCAAAGAGUGGAAAUACUUCAGAACCUUUUUUUUUUUUUUUUGGCUAAAUGGCAAAGGGUGUGCAGUAAAGUUUUUAAAAACUAAAUUAAUAACAUAAACACUGUGUGGUUAUUUAAGUGGUAAAAAAAAAUAAAAACAGUGCAAGUUGAUGGUAUGGCCAUUUUUUAUCCGUUUGUGUGAUAAUGGUUAAAGAUAUUCACGAAUAAUUGUGUCACUUUUUGAUCUUCGAAAAAGAAAAAAAAAAUCAAGGACAUUUUUUGCUCAAUGAAUUGUAGCUCGCAAUGAUGAUAUCUAGCUGUCUGAGUUAUUGAAAGUGAAAAAAAGUAGCCUCUAGUAUUUGUAGUGCUGUAGUCAUUAAGCUAACUAAAUGGUAGUUUGCAGUGAAUAUCGGGUGUAGUGGUUUUUUGUGUAGAAUUUCAAGUACUGGUAGUGGUAAUCCUGUAGCCGGAAAUACCUGCCAACAUGAUAAAAUGUGUGGGCAGUUUCUCUCUUUUUUUGUGUUUGUUUGUUCGUUUGUUUUUUUAAGUUUCACCUUUUUAAGUUUUAAUCUGAUUAUUUGUUUAUAUAAUAUUAUUAUGAAGUAAGUUUUAAAUACGUCUUGUAAAGGUAUAAAACCGGAGUGCCAAUGAUUUCAGUGGUGUAUCCCAAAGAUAAUUAACAAAAUGUAAUUGAUCAAUAAUUGAUGCGAUUUUUUUUGUCAUGUUUUAACUUAAGCUGGUUUAACAUUCAGUAAUCUUUGCAGGAGCACUUAAAAAAGUAGUUAUUAUGCUGAGGUGUGAGCCUGUCGCUUUUUUAUUUUUCUCAAAGUGGGGAACUCAGUUCAGAAAUGCAGCAACUCUUAGCUCUGGUUUUUAGAAACAAAGGGAAGGAAUUGUAAGCAGUUGUGUUCUGCUUAUUUCAUAUUUUGUUUUUAAUGCAAGUUUUGUUUAGUUUCUAGGUUACUUUUGUGUGUGUUUUCAUUCUUGGGUAUGUGCCAAAUAUUUCUCUCUAUUGACAGGGGCAUUCAGAACAGCCUUACGUGUUUGAAACAAAGAGGCAGAUGUUUGCAUUUUGCUCAUUCUUACAAUCUGAGAUCGAUGAAAUUGGAUGUGUCCUGAAAUACCCCAAAUGUCUGGACCCAAUCACGUUAUUAUUUAUUUGUUUUAGCAUGGGCCCCUGAAGGCUGUCAGUGGAUGUCUGAAAACUUUAACCAGUGUCAGUCAGUGUGUGAAGACGAUGCACUCACACUUUAUUCUGUGGACAAGGUUUGCAUGAUUGACGGAUGUCGGAGCGAGGAGAGUUUCCUGGCAUCCACAGCAAGACACCUCAUACAAAGCUGGUUGUGCUCAUCACAAUGAAAGCAGCUUAUUUGACAUGGAAAUGCCAGUCUGAGCAUGUUCUUAAUUCGGCACCAGCGCAAAGGGAUAUGUCUUAGCAAUUGUCUGAUGUUUUUCCACUGAAUUUAUUGAUUUUUUUACCUCUCCGUGUUUGGUCCAACUGCGUUGGAUUAUAGUAUGCUAUUGAAGAUUUUGAGAAGGGAUUUAUGGGGGAGAACAUGUAAAUAUGUCAGAGAAAUUUUGAAUAUUGUUUGUCAUAUUAGGUAGAAAUUCACUGGAAAAACAUCACAUUUUUUAUUUUUAUUUUUAUUUUGGCAUCGUUACCAGUCCUCCGCUAUAUUGAAGCAAGCAAAAAUGACUGCCAUGAUAUGUUUUCAUCGAUAAGAAAUCAUUUUUUAUUUUGUAAAGUCCCUGUACAGUUACAACCCGAAAAAAAAACCAACUUUCACAUAGCAAUACUGGAGAAUGUUUCAGAUGAGAUUGAAUUGCCAAUUACUUUUUUUCUUCAGUGUAUUUGCAUGGUUUGAGAUUUGUUGCAACUUUUUGUCUGUUUCUUUUUCUCACUCAUCCGUUAUUGCCCGGAUAUGGCUGUGUUGUGUUAUGUAUAUUCUGGCAUCUAUGCAUGGCAUAUUAUUUGUGUUGUUUUCUAAACUUCUGUGAAAGACCGACACGAAGUUUCCAUCCAUCCAUUGCAGGUUUUUGGAUCAUUGAUUAAAGAAGGCCUUAAAGCUGUAGCAGAGUAUGAAACAUCCAAAGAAUACUAAGACUUUUAAACUGCCAGAUUUUUUGGGGGGUGGAUGAUUUAGACUAAGAAAAUGCCCGUUUCUCUUAUUUUAUAUAUUUUUCCUCAGAUCAAUAGAACUUACUUCUCACAAAAGCCAAAAAAGAACCCACAAAAAUUGAUUGCAAAGGAUACAAAAAUAUAUUCAGUUUGAAGUUUGUGCAAAGGAAAGUAAGAUCCGUGGAACAAAUUGGCUCAAAACUCGCUGUAAUAUGGCCCAUUUUAAUAAUAUGCACUUCUCUGUACAAAUUGGUUGUUUUUAUGAACACAUUACGUCCCUCCCCCCCGUAGCUGGUAUGACCCUUAGCCACGUCUUGUCCUCGUAGUGGAAGUGAGGUAGCUUUUUUCCAGUAGUUGCAUUGAUGUUUGUGUGUGCCUGUGUGUGUAUCCGUGUAUAAAAAAAAAAACAGGAUCUCACUCUACCUCUGUCAAUAUAUCAUAAAUGAAUGAAUAUCAUAAAGAAGAACUGAAUGAAUAUAACAAAGGAAAAAAUGUUGGUGUUUUAAAUCUUGUACAGUACAUCACAGUGUUGUGGCAAGUUGAAGAUGUCGGGUCGCCAAAAUGUAUUUCCCGUCUUAAUUUAUUAAACAGACACUUUUAGGCCCACUGUACUUGGCAGUUAACCAAGUCUUAUACAUAUCCUAGAUAAUGAUUACCAUUGUAAAAUUACACAAUCAAAUUCAACUGUACUUUCCUACCAUACCCGGGAUUGUAGAAAUGGCUUUCUUUUUGGGGGGAAGGGGGCGGGGAGAAGGGUUGUAAUAAUUUUCUGCAAAGCAUCCCUUCAUUUUCAUGGCUGCCUUGACUGUGCUUGCCUUAUUAAUCCAAUUUUAGCCAGUGAAAUUAACAGGCUUUGGAUAUUGACAGAACACCAUAUGUAGAAAUUGCCGGAUCUGUUAAUCUGCCUUGACUCUGUCAUCUUAACUACAGGAAAGUGGUCCUAUUCGUGACUUCAAAUUGCUAUGGUUGCUAUGAGAACAACAAACUGCGUUUGUUGCACAUAGCAACUAUUACUGGUUUGGAAUUUUGAAAACAAAAUGAAUUUCCCAAUACUGUAACAUACCUCUGUCAAGGUUUCAGGGGGUUUCGCACAAGUAAUCGGCAACUCUUGUUAUCCUUGUGAACAGUGUUUACAAACAAAAAAUUGUUAGAAAACUUAAUGCUGUGAUUAAGCAGGUUCAAAACGAAAACCAAAAAUUUACAGUUUCAUCUCCACCUGAAGGCUUUUCCUCAUAAACAGUUUUCGUUAUGCAAACAAAACAGAUCAAAAUAAAAACCAAACCUUGGAGCUCAACUUGCUUGUCUGCCAAAGUGUUUCCAGUCAAAACACACUGUGCAGAAAGCCGGUCAGUCUAGGAAACCGUGAUGUAAGCACUCAGAACAGUCACACGGCCUAAAAUAUUUUUUAUAUUGCAGUGUUUAAAGAAAAACAAAAGGGACAACAGUACCAAAAAAUUGUAUAAACAAAAGUAGUGUAGCGGCACGCUGCUUCUUCUGGUUUGCUUUUGGGUCCAUGGUAUAUCGGUAUAUAUGGCUCCUAUGUAUAAAUAUUAUAAACAUUAAGGUAUCCACUGUUGUACUGCGAUUAAAAAAAUCUAAGAGUAGUGUCUAUUGGUAGAUUUGUGGAGAAAAAAAAACAACAACAUUCAGGGAAUUCUAUAUGGAUGCAUUGUAAUGCUAUUUUUCCAUUUUCUGCAUGUAAAUGCUUUAAAAAAAUGUCAAUACACUGAAGUAACUUUUUGUAAAGGAAUUUGUUCCCUUCCAUGUUUUGAUUUUAUCUAUAAUAUUAAUAAUUGAUUGUAAUUCUAGUUUCUGGGAAUGGUUGAUAUAUUUUCUAGCAUUUUUUAGGAUAUUCGAACACGUAGUGUGGUGUAAUGUAGUGGUUUUUUGAGAGCACUCGUAGAUGGUAGAUAUAAUGUUUACAUUUGUCAGAUGUCUUAUGUAGAAGUUAGAAUGAAAUUUCAACAAAUCAUGUGUACAGUCAAUUUUGUUUUUGAAUAAUGAAUAGUAAUUAAAAAAAAUGGAAUGGUUAACAACUCCGGUGAUCAUAAAUAUGUCGAUUCCAGGUGGACCAAUCCAGACACACAGCUACUUUACCACCCUUUUUGUGGGUGUGGCCUCACAAGAUGCAACCAAUCAGCAGCUACUUUUUUAAACCAGGUGGUAUGAAAUGUGCUAACUGUAAGAUAUAUAGCUUGAGCAGAGAGCUGGAUUGGACUGCCUGGGAUCACUUUCACUUGAUCGCACUGUCAAGUAAUUGGAAAGCAACUCUGGAAGUUUUGGCGGUUUCCUUCUUCGCUGUUCGGUUGGGUGGGUAUUUUAAUCUUUAACCUGAUUGAUCUAGUGUGUGAAUUCAACAGUACAAUUUAAAAACAAAAAGAAACUUAAGGAGAGAGAGAGAUAAGAAAAAAAGGCAAGACUUGGUGAAUCUUUACAGUUUUUUACCAUGUCACCAUCUUUUGAGAUUGAGUAGACACCUAUAAUUGGUACAGUGGUCAGUUGGGAACGGUGUGCUUCCAGAUUUGUUUAAAGAUUUAAAAAAAAAAAGAAUGGAAAACAAGAAAGUGGGACACUUAAAUCACCAAUUCUCUGAUUCAUGCUACCUUAACAUCGCCCACUCCAGACACCAACUUUAAAACCAAAAUUUAUGUGACGGGUCAACAUUUUUUACGGAAAUUUAAAGAAAGUGUAGCUGACUAGAUUUCAGAAGUAGAUCUUUGAAGAAAGGUGGAAGAAGAAUCGGAAGAUUAAAAAAAUGCUAAUAUUAUGUGAAAAGAUCAUUUCAAAAUUGUUUUUAAUAUGAAAAAAUGUUGAAAUGGAUAAUAAAUUAAUUUUAUCUAUACCUGUAUAUACAUUAAAUACAAACCAAACUUUUUACCACUGUACAUGCCGCAAGCUGUUCGUGUGCUGCAUGCGGAAUGUUACAGAACGGCAUUUAAAGAAAAAGAGAAUUAUUUUUUAAUACAAGAAGAGUUUUGGGGGAGUAACACGAGACGUAGAUUCUUGUAGAUUCAGAGUAAUUCCAAUCAGGGAUCAAUGCCGGGUGGCUGCUGAGCAGAUGAGCAAAUUUCCUGGCUUUUCACAUCGUUGUGGGUUACCAAUAACUUAUACCCAACAGGAAAACAAAAUGCUGUAUUUACCGGUAUCCUGCACAGCAACCCCAUGGGAUUGAACCACCAGAUUAUAGUGAUUCUUAAGGUAGCUUGAUUCAAGGUCAGGUCAGAGGGUAAAGAUCAGAUGGAUGCCUUCAAAGGGUAGUUUUACUGUGGAACAUGGUGGUUUUUAAUGUAUAAAAUUUAUGGCUUCUGUUUUUGUGUGGUUUUGGUUCAGAAAUUUCCUCCAGUAAAUUUUCUCUGCCUAAAGAAGUUUUAAGCUUGUCUGAUUUGAGAGUCGUUUUGCUGCCUGGAUGUGUAAAAAAAAAGAUGUAAUUUGCUUAAUCAUGAGACCUUUUACAGGUUAUGCGCCCUUCAGUGUACAAUUGAAGCUUAAUAUUUGGCAGUAGAGAAAUGUGUGCCAAAGUCGUAUCUCUUAACCAUUUCUAACUGUUCUGGUCAGUUCAAGAUAAAAUGCCUAUUUUCGUUUUGUAAAAAAUGGUUAUUCGUAUAGACACAUCAAACAAUGCAUGUUAACUAAUCAAAUUCCUUUUCUUUCCCCUUUGUACAGACAAAUGAACAUUUCCACCACACAACAGUGGAAAUGAAAUGGCCAUGAACUAUGCACAGUAUGUACACUGUUCAAGAAAGAUUCCCAUGAACUUUAGUCGUGAAAACAGUAAAUUAUUUAUUUGGAGGACACGAAGUGAUGAAAAAUAACAAUGUUUGUGGUUCCACAGUGAAACAUUGUUUCCAUUUCAGCCAUGUUGCUUUUAGGUGGGACAGGAGCCCUCAUACUGUCCUCCUUUGACAAUGCAUACUUAUGUUUCUGAUGGGGCUUGUGGAGGAGGAGGUAUGAAUGAGCACCCUAAUGAAUGCAAUCUUUCUUAAAGCAAUAUUGUAUAGAUUGUGAUAUUUUUUGACUUGUUCUACCUCCCGUUACUCCCAAACCUAUUUUACAUCUUCCACUUACAUUGAGAGUGAGGCGAGCACAUACAUAGGAGGUCGUCAAGUUUGGUGUUAUGUUGGCUCUUGCAUUGAGGUUGAAAUUCUGUAAACCCCAUGAAUUCAAUACUUCCUUUAAAUCAAGUGUUUAGGUAUGGUUCCUGCCCCUUACCACACCAGAACAUGGCUGAAAUUGGAGACUAAUAAGAAACGUGUAGAAAUGCUUUGUGGCAGGCAUCUUUCAUGUCAGUAGGGAGGUUUUUCCAUUUUAUGAGCAUAUUGAAUCUGAAGCCGUUUCAUGGUUGGUUGCCAUGGAAACGGCAUCUACUGGUGCAAUUUGUCAGGACCAACAGGAACUGUCGGAGGUCACAUGUGAGGUCAAGCUCCCUAAUUUGAUUAUGCAAAUUUUAGUAACUUAUGCUAAUUAGUGACAUGUAUAUUCAAAUUGGCUCAGGUGUCACAUGUUCUCUCCAAGUGCCCCCCUCAGAUAUUAAACAAAUUAGACUCGGAAUCUUAUUGGAAGAAGCUAGUGAAAACAUAGGUUUGGCAGAAGCAGCGUACAGAGUUCAGAACUUAAUUUCACAGUGUAAAAGGCCAUUUUUUAACCAUUUCAUAUUAAGGGUGUUUUCUUUUUUUUUUUGUCAUUUUUGUACAUUUUCUGUAACUUAAACUGGAAUGUUCUUAUUAAUAAAGCAUUUAUUAAUUGCUGGUGACAAUUUUUUUCUGUUUUUAAUUUUUGGGUCUCUGUAGAUUUUGUGUUCCAUUCUUGGGAGAGUUUGAAUGUAUUUUUCAUACUUCUAUUUAAUGCUGUUAAGUUUUAAAUAUCUUUUUAAACCAAACUUGAAAGAUUUUCCUAUCUAUUGUCGAAAGAAAAUGGAAGUAGAUCAGAUAAUUGGUAAAUGAGAAAAGAAUGUUUAAACAAUGCAUCAGAGUAGAAGCCAAUCUGAUUUUGAAUGAAUUAUUACUGUUGGGAAAUUUCUAAUGAAGGCGGCCAAUCGCAGACAAAAGGUAGGAAAAUCUUACAGCUGAUUGGCUGUCAGACAUGAAAGGUGUUUUUUAUUGGUCAGUGCACUCUCCCAUACAGCAGUAGAUCACAUAGAAAUGGGGUAAAUGAAAAUUCCAAAAAAGAUCCAAAAAAAAAAUUAAAAAUAAAACAUGUUUGACUUCUGUACAGGAA